AUGGGUGGAUGGCAUGGACAUGGUGAGGGCACAAUCGACAAAGGGCUGGAGGCACCCCUGUCAUUAUGUUCAUUGUCAUGGCAAGGGGAAUUAGCCAUUCAUCAUGGUGGUGCCAAGAAGGUUGUCAUUUCUGCCCCUAGCAAGGAUGCACCCAUGUUUGUUGUUGGUGUUAACAAGAAGGAAUACAAACCAGACCUUCACAUUGUUUUCAAUGCUAGCUGCACUACCAAUUGCCUUGCUCCCCUCGCCAAGGUUAUCAAUGACCGAUUUGGAAUUGUCAUGACCACUGUUCGCGCCAUCACAGCUACUCAGAAGACUGUUGAUGGUCCAUCAAACAAGGACAUGUUAUUACAGGCAAACUUUAUGCCUAAUAUUAUAAGGGGAUCUCUAUUUCUUGUUUUCUGUUUACUUGUGCAUGCUCUGUUUUCAUUCACUAUUCGUGCUUUGUUCAGUUUCAUCAUAUCUGUUUCAAUUGCUGGAUGA